UCUCCCUUUCUGUCCCUAAAAUACACAAAGAAGCAGCCAAACACAAAACAACAAAGUCAUGGUAAAUAGUCCAAGAAACAUGAAGAUAGGUGACACAAACACCCCAACUUCCUCUCCUCCAUUUUCUCACUCUUGUACUUCAUCAUCUUCCCCUCCACAAUCUCUAUCUCCCCAAGUUGUUAUGAGCCCUUGCGCUGCUUGCAAGAUCUUGAGGCGAAGAUGUGCAGAGAAAUGUGUGUUGGCGCCUUAUUUCCCUCCCACUGAACCUGCCAAGUUUACAACUGCACACAGAGUCUUCGGAGCCAGCAACAUCAUCAAGUUCUUACAGGAACUUCCAGAGUCUCAACGAGCUGAUGCAGUGACCAGCAUGGUUUACGAGGCUAGUGCAAGAGUAAGAGACCCUGUAUACGGUUGUGCAGGUGCAAUUUGCCAGCUCCAGAAGCAAGUUAACGAGCUUCAAGCACAAUUAGCAAAAGCACAAGGUGAGCUUGUAACAAUGCAAUUUCAACAAGCCAAUCUCGUGGCUCUAAUUUGCAUGAAAAUGUCAGAAACUCCACAGGAAUCACAACAACAAUCAGUGGACAACUUCAUUUCAAGUCCUCCUCACAGCGGCGGCUAUCUAAACAAUAUGAACUUCUUUGAGGAGAACACCAACCUUAACUCAUUGUGGGAGCCGCUUUGGACAUGAAAAAUAAAAACUAUUUAUUGCAUGAAGACAUUUGAAAAGUGUUCCUAUAUGACAUUCUCCUAAGGAGAAUUAAGAUGAUCAAGGAAUCAAUUAGAACUAAUAAAUUAUAAAAAGUGGCUUGGUCUAGUACCUACGACUUAGGUAGUUAGGUUAAUUCCCUUUAUGAGGAAGAUUUUGGAGAAAAUAAUAUUUUGGAUCUAGUCUCUUUGCACAAGCAAGGCAAAGUAAAUGGGUCUAAAAUCAUCUUUUAAAACAUUAGAAGGUUUUGUAAUCGGUGCAAUAUUUAAGAGAAAGGAGCAAUGUUAUGUUUUAUAUAGCUAGUGUUUGUGUGAGCUGAUAUUUUGAAUGUAACACCUUUUC